CACUGGGACAUACUGGUGUGGAGUGGAGAGAUCUAUAAUGGACUCAUACCAAGAGGUGCAUCUGACAGUUACAGAUGCUCCUCUAAUUCCCAAAACUGUCAGCCCCAAACGUGGUGUCUCUACAAACCUCCCCAACAUCUCUGUUACAUCUUCUAACAAUCCCACAACCAUUCACAACGUCUCUGGAACAUCCCCAAACCUCUCCAUGACAUUUCUGACGCCAGGGGACAUCUCUGGUCACUCAUCGUUAAGCGCAGAUCCUUCCUUGGACUCCAGUGGUGCAGGCCUUCAUGAGAGUGCAAAUCGCACCAACCGACUGGUGUGGACCGGUGGCGGUCUGGUAGUCAUGGUGACGGUGACGGGACUGGUCCUGUUCCUCGUGAAGAGAAGACGCAGGACGACCACAUCUCAACCUCCAGCCUCCCCGAAGACUGACUGUUUGUACGAGGAGAUCAGAGAGGCAGAUGGACAAACUGAAACACUCCCUGUAGUCGUCUCCUCCUCCUCUACAACCAACCCUGCUGACACUAACUGUCCCCAAGAUGAUUUACAUCCAAGCUACUCUACUGUGGACUUCCACAAAGAUCACAUGAAUCCAAUCUACAAUCUUGCAGAUUACCCAGGUUCUGUUAUCUACUCCAGUGUGUAACUUCCCAAAGAUUCUAGAAUCUCCUCAGUCCCUUCAACAGCCAGUAGAACCCAGGAUGGUUCCAUCUAUUCUAAAGCCCAUUUACCCAAAGACCCUGUAGAACAUAUGAAAUGGCCUGAUGUGCAGAUCUAUAGUGACACUCCAGAAGACCCCAUCUAUUCUACAGCCCAGUCACCCCAAAACUAAGUAGGGCUAUAAAAUAUGUACAUGGGAUGAGUCCCAUUCAUAAAGAAUAUGCCAUGAAAGAAAAAGUCUAACCACAUUGUAUAUAAAUAAAAUGCUUUUGUGAUUUGA